AUGGUAACCGUUGCUCCGGCCGGUCUUAUCACCAGCUUCAUCAGUCGUACUUUCACCCAGCCUUCACCAGCUGAUUCGAGCUGUUCAUCGACGCUUGCUCCGCCACUUACAUCGCCGAUUGGUAAUCCAGCGAUAGGCAAUCGUCUAAACCCUCUUGCUCAGCCUGGAUUUGGAUACCCGCGAGGGCCUCUACAGUACGACUUGAACCCGCAGUACAUGGGAGGAGCGAGGAAGUCCGGUGGACGACGACCCAAAGAAUUCGAAAUGGGA